UGCUCGCCGAAGACGUCCGACGGAGUCAAAUUUGCGCUACAUACCGAUUAAAUUGAACCGAAACGAUAUUCGUUAGUCACUGUGGUGAAUGAACCCAUAGUGUAUUAAGCGCAAUAAUUCACAAAACGCCGCGUUUGGGUGCUGUAAAGUUGUAAAUGAUCAUUGGCACUGUUUUUCUGGAGCUGCUAUUGAAACAUUGUAUCCGCAGUAACGUUAGAUUCACAUCACCUCGUCCUUUCUCACCUUUCUUCACAGGUGGAGCAUGAGUAUGGUGUGGGGGUCCUGCUGCAAUGCGUGCUAUUGGCUGUAGGAUGAACCUGCCAGCAGUGCUGAAUGGCCUGCUGGUGUCAGUGGUGGCAGCCUUACUUUGGAAGUACGUUCGCCUGAUUGAACACGCGUCCCAACUAGAGGAGGAGCUGCAGCUCACACGCCAGUCACAGGAGUUCUCGCAGGUGCAUAUCGACUACCACGCCGCCCUGUUAGCGCUCCAGGAGCAUGGCACCAGAAUGGUCUGCACUGGCAAGAUGCACACAGACCGCAUCUGUCGCUUUGACUACCUCUGCUACUGCUCGGAGGCGGAUGAGUUUGUAUUCUUCCACAGCAAUGCUUCCGUGAUGCUGCCUAACCUCGGCCCUCGACGCUUCCAGCCCGCCCUGCUGGACCUCUCCUCUGUAGAGGACCACAACACUCAGUACUUCAACUUUCUCGAGCUCCCAGCUGCAGCUCUGAAGUUCAUGCCAAAACCUGUGUUCGUGCCAGAUGUAACCCUUAUUCUUAACCGCUUCAACCCCGACAACCUCAUGCACAUCUUCCACGAUGACCUUCUGCCCAUCUACUACACCAUGCAGCAGUAUUCAGACUUAGACGAUGAGGCCAGGCUCGUCUUCAUGGAGGGCUGGAGCGAGGGGGCUCACUUCGAUCUCUACCGUUUGCUCAGCACUAAGCAACCCCUACUCAAGGAGCAAUUGAAGACUUUUGGGAAACUCAUGUGCUUCACUAAAUCCUACGUGGGACUGUCAAAGAUGACGACUUGGUAUCAAUAUGGCUUUGUACAACCGCAAGGACCCAAAGCCAACGUUUUGGUAUCGGGUAAUGAGAUUCGUCAGUUUACUUCAUUUUUGAUGGAGAGGCAGAACAUCACGCGAGUGGAGAAGAAGGAGGACGAUGGAUACAUUGUUGUUUUCAAACGUAGCACUAAUAGGCUAAUCCUUAAUGAGGCUGAGCUUAUUCUGGCUUUAGCUCAUGAGUUCCAGAUGAGGACUGUCACUGUGUCCCUGGAGGAGCAGUCAUUCGAUAGCAUCAUCCAAAUUAUUAGUGGGGCUUCCAUGUUGGUCAGCAUGCAUGGAGCACAGAUGAUCACCUCCAUGUUCUUGCCCCGUGGCGCUGCUGUUGUCGAACUUUUUCCAUAUGCUGUGAACCCAGAGCAGUACACCCCUUACAAAACCUUGGCCUCCUUACCCGGCAUGGACCUUCAGUAUGUUGCAUGGAGAAAUACCAUAAAGGAGAACACGGUAACAUUCCCUGAUCGCCCUUGGGACCAGGGCGGCAUCAUCCACUUGGAAAAAGAGGAGCAAGAACGGAUCCUUGCCAGCAAAGAAGUGCCGAGACAUCUUUGCUGUCGUAAUCCAGAGUGGCUUUUCCGCAUUUACCAGGACACUACUGUGAACAUUGCCUCUUUUCUAGACAUACUCCGAGAGACUUUGAAAACCAUGCCUAAUCUCAAAAAGUAUAAGGUGGCCAGCACAGUACAUCCUGGUCGAGUCAGAGAGCCCAUGUGCCAGACGUCGGUACAGGCCACAAAUGAAGCAAAGCUCUCGGUUUCAUGGCAGAUCCCUUGGAACCUGAAGUACCUAAAAGUUAAAGAGGUGAAAUAUGAGGUUUGGAUUCAGGAGCAGGGAGAGAACACAUAUAUGCCUUAUAUUCUGCCCCAUCAGAACUACACCUUCACAGAGAACAUCAAACCCUUUACCACAUAUCUAGUGUGGGUGCGCUGCAUCUUUAACAAGAACCUCUUGGGCCCAUUCGCAGAUGUUCUUAUAUGUAAAACUUGAUUCAGGUUAAAUUCAACACUGUCAUUCACAGAGCUGAUGAAGAAUAGUAUGUGGAUUCAUUGAGAAUUACAAACGUAGUUUUUAACAUUGGAGGUCACUGUUGCGGUCUUACGAUUGUUCCUUAUGGAGUGCCAUUAUGUGGUGAAGAAUAAAGGUCUGCAGGAAAUGCACAAUUUACUGGACUGCUGGUCCAUUUAGAAGUCCUCAAUGACUUUAUUUAUUAGAAAUGUAUAAUGUCGUUUACGUUUGUAUUUAUACUGUAAGCAAAGACACUGGUGUUGUCUGAUAUCUGCUUUUGUUGAUUCUGAGACUGCAAGCAUUUCUAUGGUUUAGAUGACAAUGAUCUGAAUUGUACUCUAUGUGACUUUGUGAGUGUGCACUCUCCAAUGCUUUGCAUUGUGUUUUUGCGUUGAUUUUAGCCUUUUAAUUAGAAAAUGUAGUGUGAAGUAAAAGCAAGUAAUCUAAAUAACUGAGUUUCAAGAUAUACUGACUUUCUACUGUUUUUAAACUACGCUGUUGUUGUUUUGGUUUAAAUUGACUGUAGUUUAUCUGCAGUUUUUUUAUUGUAGUUUUUCAGCCAGCCUCAAAACCACUUAUUAUUGUUUACCUGAUCAAUAUUGUUUGCCAGUGAGAAAAUAAACUGCUGUUUGUUAGAUUGUUUAGAGAAUCCCAUUAUAGAUAGAUGUUUUAGUCCGCAGUCCCUUUAAUCUUUUAUGUGACAUAGUUUGACAUACUGCAUUGAGAAUUUUAGCAAUUUUAUUUACAACUUUAUUGUCAGCAUAUCAGCAGUUAGAUCUAUACGGAGUAAUGGUGCAGUGGUUGUUUGGUUGGUAGUAGCAGCAUAAUGGUAAAACAUUUGUUUAAGGAAAUAGGUUUAAAUCUUGGAUGAAAUAAUACUGCAGCUAUAUAUUGUGGUAACUGAUAGCUGGUUUGGGGCAAAAAGCAUUUAUGAAAUGUAAAAUUAAGUAACCGUACAUCGCCACCUGUGACUGCAUAAGCCUUAAAUAAUGCAAUAUUGGAGAUGUACUUAACAAGUAGUAUUUCAUAUGCUGUGUGCGAAAACCGCUGUUGAGAUUUGCUUUCCUGUCAUUUAAGAAAGUAAUAAACAUAUAAUAUCCAUAUGACAGACUGCUGUAGAAUAAGACUAGACAUGUGUUUUAUUUGUAUUCUUUAAAUGCUGUUGUGCAUGUCCUUCAUCUGCACUUCAAUAAGGACGAGCUGUGUUAUGAUGACUGGUGGAUUAUUUAUAAAAUGGAAAAUGUCCUUAUCUGUUAGAAUUAUCUGAGGUAGACUUUGAGAGUUAUACAGAUUGUAGCACAGGUUUGAUAAAGGUUGCAAGGUUUCAAAUUGUAUUUCAG